AUGAAAUGGCGUCUAGGAGCCGUUACUUUUAAUUUAUGUGGAAAACCUGCGCAGACUGAGAAGGUUAAACAAUUGAUUGACGAUUUAAUCUCGAGACAUGAAAUCCCUUUAGACGGGAUUGCAAUAUCCUUACAGGUAAGCGAACCAGGUCUGAUUUUUAUUUGUUUUAGGAGGUGAAUAUGGCUGAAAGAACGAACGUUUCCCCUGAUGCUUGGAAAGAGAAGUUCCACGAGCUUCUAUGGGAAAGGGGGUAUAUUUAUGCCGCUUCUUCUUAUAUGAUGACUAACUUCUUGGCUUUCUUCGUAUUAAAGGAAUAUGGAAAGAUGGUUCGUUUAUCUCUUCAUAAUAACUGGUCAUUAAACAGAUUGCCAAAAGCACUUUCGAAUACAUCAAAGACCGAUAUUACGGUGUCAAAGGUUCGAUUUGUCUGAGCGUGGACUUAAAAGACAAUAUUAGAUUUAUUUUUGUUGGUUCGCAUCUUCUCCAUGGUCCAGAAGCCGUUGAUAGAAGGGUUAUUCAAGCCAAGAGUGUCAAAGAUUAUGUUUCCAAACAACUCGAGAACAAAGUAGUCGGAGCGAUUCUUUGGUUGGGUGAUUUUAACUUCAGAAUAACAGGAGUUGGAGCAGUGGAAUUUGUUCAGACUUUGAGAAGCGAUGAGUUCAUUGCUGGCGAAGUAUUGCAGAAGCAUGACCAAUUGACUGAAGCGCGUUUCUUUUAUGAUAUUUUCGAUACCUGGAGUGAAGCUGAUAUCACCUUCAAGCCAACUUACCGAUUUCAUGUAUGAGUUUGUAUAGUAGUACUUACUUUGUUCAUUUUAUAGUCACAAAACGUGUAUUAUUUUCAGAUUGGAUCCCUUCAAUACGAUAUGAACCGAGUGCCCGCAUGGACUGAUCGUAUUCUCUUUAACAAACUCAGUUGUCUUCAUUAUGAUUCAAUGACCAAUAUCAACAUAAGUGAUCAUAUCCCAGUUUUCGGAAUAUUCGAAACACCCGAGCUUGACGUUCUGGAAGAGGCAGAUUGGGAAAUCAAAUUCGAUCCUAUCGACUAUUGGUACAUCAAUUUACCUUUACGCGUUCUCUUCAAAGGAGCCAACUUCUGGCAAAAGGCUGGCUCAGUUUGGGAUUGGCUUGGUGUUUACAAAGUACCCGAUUGCAGUGAUCGGAGAUUUGUGACACAAGCGUCGAUCAUGAGUGCAGUGGAAACGGGGAAUACCUACCAAGUGGAGUUUGUCCCUUUACCAGUUGGAGAUUACUUCGUAGCUUACCACAGUUACAAUAGAGGAUGUAUCCAAGGAAUGACUAAUGUAUUUUCUAUCAAAGAAAUUUAGUUAUAUAUUUGUACAUACGAAAUUAGACUAACAAUUUAGAGUUUCUUCUGGAUGGUAUUUAAAGAUCUCUUUUAGUAUAAGACAUUAAUAAAGGUGACAUUUAAUUCGUUCUUUGGCCUUUUCGGGAUGUGAAUCGUACAAGGAGAAGUGUUCUUUCGGGAUCGCUUUCCCAUUAAAUGUUUUGACUUUAUCUAGGAGAUUCCCUUUUUGUAAUCGGACAUUGUUUUGUUGAAUUUAUCAGAUAACAAACUUGGGUGGACUUUAAAAUCUGGUGGGGGAUAUAAAAUAUUAUGUCAUUCUGUUGCGGCUUAACGUGGGCGACUUGACGGAUAUACCCACGAGGAAGCUCACGGGGGUUUUUGUCUGAUAGAUCGCGGAGAACCCUGAGGUGACGCGAAGAGGAAAGGAGGUUUCCAUCAAGUCCGCUGGAUGACAUUGUCCAGAGCAAUGAGAAUGUUUAUCCUCUUGUCCGUGGGAUCAAUCGGUAACCGGUAGCGGAAGUCUAGGUCGCGACCUCUUGAACGAAGUGGGUGGCGAAGUGGCCUCAGGGCUUCAGCCUCUGGCGCUGGUCUGGUGGUUUGGAGACGCGGCGGUCACUCGUCACGCAUGUCACUUAUCAGCUCAUAUGUGUCGAAUAGAAGAUCACGUCAUGUGCUCCGACCAGCUGAGUGCCCGCGGGCAUGAAGAAGCGGUCAUUCGGACGUCCUUGACUCAGUUUUCCCUUUGAUUAGGUAAUAUGUUUUUGGGUGUGAUUCACGUGUGGAGGAGUUGAGGAGAACCGGUUUCGUGCCAGUCACUUCUCAAUCUCUUCAGGAGCCUCAACUCUAGGCGGGUUUUCCAUUCGCCUCACAAAAAACAGAAGAAUCUGAGCUCAUCCCUCCAUUCGCCUUUUUUUAUGAUUUUUUGUGCGUCUACAGUGUUCCCUUAGCGAAGCGGCUCGGUUCGUGAGGAGUUGCGUGAGACGUCUCUCGUCGUUCGGGUCACGCUGAAUAUCUCCUCAAGUGUUUCAGGAUUAGAGGAUCGAAGGCCCGGGUCUACCUCCCUCAAGGCCCUUAUGCGUCUGAGCGUCGGGAUCACGGGUUGGUCGACGACGACGACAAGAACCCGGAAGCAUCUUGGACGGUUGUGGUGAUGAGUGAAACCGUUCGGGGCCUUAGGUUCACUCAACUUGGCCACAAGUUUAUUUUGAUUAGUUGUUUAAUAAUAGCCUUUCUUCCGUCUCAUUCUUGCCUUAUUAUCGAGAGAUUAGAUGUGUUAAACGCAGAAGAUUUUAAGAAUGCAGAUAAUUUGCAAAAAGGUGAGAAUCGAAAAAACGUCGCCUUGCUUGAUUUUGAUCUGGAUUUGUAUGAGCAACUUCGUUCCAGAUGAUGUUUACCGAGAUUCGAUUCCAAUCGAAACCGUCAACGAUUACAAGUCCGAUAUUCGGGGUCCUGUGGCAAACAAAAAACGAUUUAAAAGAAAUGGGGUCAGCAGAGUGACAAAACUAUGGCCUCAGGGGAAGAUUCCCUAUGCCAUUUCUCCCCAUUACACGACCCAUGAAAGAGCUCUUUUGGCAAGGGCUGUAAAACAGGUGAGUUACCAUCUUCCUUAACAUAUUUCGUCUUUUGUAAUUAAACUAUCAUCUUUCAAUAAAAGUAAUUGCAGUACCACGAAAAGACCUGCAUCAGAUUUGUUCCGAGAGUCGGCGGGGAGGGAGAUUACUUAUUUAUUGGAAAGGUUGACGGGUAAGUUGUCAUUAAUCUCGGGAUAAUUUAUUUCAGAUGUUUCUCGGAGGUCGGACGAACCAGUGGAGUCCAAGUACUGUCAUUGGACAACGGCUGUAUGGAAUACCCGACCAUUAUCCAUGAGAUGAUGCAUGUAGUUGGGUUUUAUCAUGAACAUGAACGAUGGGAUCGCGAUGCAUUCAUCGAUAUUAUAUGGCAAAAUAUCGAUAGAGGUGGGUGAUAUCACCACUCCUUACUUUUUUAGGAGCUCUUGAUCAAUUUGGAAAGGUGGAUCUGAGCAAAACGUCAUAUUAUGGACAACCCUAUGAUUACAAGUCAAUUUUGCAUUACGACAGCCUGGCAUUCAGCAAAAAUGGAUUCCCCACGAUGCUACCCAAGAAGUCAGGUACGCCGCCGUUACCGUAACCCUCGAUUUCAGGCCUAGCUACUACUAUUGGAAACGCCAAAGACUUCAGUGAAGUCGACCUGGCGAAGAUCAACCGAAUGUACAAAUGUGAGCACCGACGACCUUUGAAUGCGUUGUUUGGCUCUGCAACGAACAGCCAUGUAGCUCCCAUAUACAGCCAGUCAUACGCACGAGGCUCCAGUCGGCCCUCAUCGGUGGAAGGGAAUCUGAUUUAUGAGACUCGAAGACCCCAGACGCCGGUCGGUAAGUGAAUAAAAUACCCGUAGAUUGCGUCGCCGUUGACGGGGAACACGACGCAAUCGUUAUGCGAUCUCCCCCUUCCGAAAUGGUUUGUUUUUCUGAUCCGAGUUAUACUUUACUUACUUGAAAAAGAUCUCAGAAGAAAGCCCCCCAAACAAUAACAUCGCCUUGUGCUUUUCUCAAAGCGAAUCCUCUUCCAUAACAAAUAAAUAUUACUUAAAAAAAUAAAUCCGUAAUGAGAUUUCCCUUACUUACAGUAUGCGAAGACAAGAUCACCGUCUGCUGGUGGACGCAAGACCGAUGUUUGUCGCCCAACAUCUAUGCGAUGAUGAAGACUUUAUGCGCUAAAACAUGUAAAUUCUGCUAG